GGUUAAGAGCUGCAGAGGAGGGACAAUGUAACUUUCAAUUUCGAUUUAAUUCAGGAAAACAUGGAGUCCGUCUGAUGUGUGACCAAAGUCAUCGGGGACAGUUUUAGGUCUUUAAAGACGGGUUUAGACAACGAGAAAACUUCAUAAAACCGGGACAGCUCGGGUCGACCGAACCUUUCGGUUUCCGUCCCUGGCAGACGGCACAUACACGGCCAUUGUUACCGGAGUCUCAGCAGAGCAUCAGCAUGUUGGAAGAAACGGGGCCCGAGUGGAUGUCUGAGGAGGUGAAAACCGGAACGACCAUCAUCGCCAUAGAGUUUGAUGGAGGGGUCGUGCUGGGGUCUGAUUCUCGAGUGUCUGCAGGGGAGGCAGUGGUGAACAGGGUGAUGAACAAGCUGUCUCCCCUCCAUGACAAGAUCUACUGUGCUCUGUCGGGCUCUGCAGCAGACGCUCAGACCAUCGCUGAGAUGGUCAACUACCAGCUCGAUGUCCACAGUCUUGAGAUAGAUGAAGAUCCCCUGGUUCGCUCAGCUGCCACUCUGGUGAGGAAUAUCUCGUACAAGUACAAGGAGGAGCUGUCGGCGCAUCUCAUCGUGGCCGGCUGGGACCGAAAAAAUAAAGGACAGGUGUUUGCAACCCUGAAUGGUCUCCUGACAAGGCAACCUUUUGCAGUCGGAGGCUCUGGCAGCUCAUAUGUUUAUGGGUUUGUUGAUGCUGAAUAUCGUAAGGGCAUGAACAAGGAGGAGUGCCAGCAGUUUGUUGUCAACACUCUCUCGUUGGCAAUGAGCCGUGAUGGAUCCAGUGGCGGCGUGGCCUAUAUUGUCUCCAUUGAUGAACACGGCACGGAGGAGAAAGUCAUUCUAGGGAAUGACUUACCAACCUUCUUUGAUCAGUGAUACACAUGUAGUUCUUUUUUAUUUUGCUAAGCCACUGUUGUGCAGGUUAAAAUUAUGGAUUUGUUUUGCUCCAAAUAGUCAUUAUUGCACACGCUUUUUAGUUUCAGCUGUCAGUUAAUAUAGCUUACAACCUAAAAAUGAAUAAUACUUUGACUAAUAAUUCUAUUUACGAACAUGCAUUGUUGUAAGAUUCCUAAAACUAUUUCAAGUGUAAUAUUAGAUAGCCUUGGUGUGUUUAUACUGUAAUUUAAACGCUGCUCACACCCUCAGAUCAUCAGAUAAAGCUGAUUAAGUUUGUGGCUCAUCAUAAGAGACGUUGAAAUAUAGCAAAGAAAAUGUUAUUUGACCAGACGGAUGACAAAAAACAUUUAGUGAGCUCUGUCCCUUCACCCAGUUCAGGACAGCUUUACAGAGGUAGACAUGGACAUUGUCCCUGUGUCUAGAAAAUGGUCUCUACCCUUCAGGUUACUUUACUCUCUUAAACUUGUUGCAAGACUCAUUUUUCUGUCCAUCCGGUUCCAGUUUGUGUCUUUAUGGUCCUGAGUGGCACAGCAAAUGAAAGUAAAUGCACCUUCCUUUGACAAAACCUGCAGAACCCCUGACAUCCCUUUAUCCUCAGUAGUCCCACAGAAACACUCCUACACUUUCUCUGACAGCAGUACCAGUUGUCUGUCAGGUAUUCAGCCUGACAACGUAUCAGCAAAAGUCGAAUUUGUUACACAACCAGAAGAUUGUCACCCUUUUUUCUGAACAUGACAAGAAUGUUUUUAGAUUAAGAUGCUUAUGGAUGGUUUGUCACCUGACUUGCCUACAGCAUUUACCUGAACAUAAUUGAAACCAUGAUUAAAUUGAC